GGGAGGCGGCGCCAUUUUGGGGUGUGUGGGCUGAGGGGAAUGGGGCGGGUGCGUCCCCUCAGGAGCGGCCGCCUCGGCUGAGGGGGCCCUGUGGGGUGUGAGGGGUGUGGCCUGAGCGGUGACAAGGCUCAGUGAUGUCGGGUUGGGGUGUAGCUUGUGGGCCAUGAGUGAUCACAGACCUGUCCCUCAGCUUUGGGCCAGCUCUGCUGCACCACAUGUGCCGGUCAGGGAAGGGCUUAAAGCACAACGUGCUGUGGGGAUCCAGGGUCAGAAUUAAGCGUCGUCACUGAAACAAAGAUGCGACGGCACAAAACGUCUGCAAACUCCUGGUGCGUGUUAUUGCGAGGACCUGCUGUCCCAGGACAUCUGGAAGUCGAUACCUGGACGAAAAAUGUAAGAGUUUUUGACAAGUUUGAGAAAAUAUUUGACGACCACAGAUACUUUGGAGUCCUUCCGUGGGACGUUUUCACGAACCAUGAAGUAAUUACUGCCUGUAAUUAUUUAAUGACGAGGAAUUAAAACUGGGAAGAACUGCUUUCUAGUUGGAGUCUGAAAAUGGGCAGCACCGCUGUCAUCCUUUAUCUUGUCGUGCAAUUAAUACGAGGGACCGAAGCAUCUUUGGGGAACUGCGUUCCUAGAAAAACAGUAAAACACCAAACUGGAAAUAUAACCACUUUUAUGAGAGAAGGAUUAUCCCAUGUUACCACUCUCCUUGUGAGUGAAGAAACCAACACCUUGUUUGUUGGAGGCAGAGAUGCGGUGUUUGCUCUUGACUUGAAUAAUAUUUCCAGAGAAAUAGCCAGGGAAUACUGGUUCCCUACACAGGAAAGACAACUGGAGUGUAUUCGUAGAGGAAAGGACGAGAUGAGAUGCCAGAACUACAUCCUCUUCCUCCAUAAGAUAAAUGACUCCGACCUGUAUGUUUGUGGAACCAACGCGUAUCACCCAGCUUGUGAUCAUAUGGUUAUCCAUGGGGCAAACAUCAGCUUGCGAGGAAAAGCUGAAGAGAGCAGAGGAAAGUGUCCGUUUGAACCAACUCUGAAAUACGCAUCUGUUUUUGUGGACGGGGAAUUUUAUUCGGCUACUUCAAAUAACUUCUUGGGAACAGAACCUAUAAUACUUCGCAGUAUGAGAAAUCCUGUAAGAACAGAGUUUCAAGCAUCCUGGCUAAAUGAACCAAGCUUUGUCAACAUGGAAAUAGUGCAUGAAAGCGAAUCUAAUCCAAACGGAGAUGAUGAUAAAAUUUAUGUGUUCUUCACAGAAACAGCUGUUGAAUUUGAAUUCUAUGACAAGCUGCUGGUCUCCAGAAUUGCCCGUGUCUGCAGAAGCGAUCUCGGUGGAAAACGCGUAUUGCAGAGAAGAUGGACGUCAUUUUUAAAAUCCCGCCUUUCCUGUUCCGUGCCAGAAUUAAACUUCGAUUUCAAUAUUGUUCAGGACGUCUUUUUACUUCGGAGAAGGAGGUGGCAGGACAGCAUGUUCUAUGGCAUUUUUUCCCAGCAAUGGGGAAGAUUAGACAUAUCAGCUGUUUGUGCAUACAGUAUGGAAAAUAUUCAGCAAGUCUUCUCCAAAGGAAACUACAAAGGACCAGUAACUGCAGAACAUUCCCCUGUUAAGUGGAUGGUAUAUAGGGGAGAAGUGCCAGUUCCACGUCCUGGUGCUUGCAUUGAUAAUUUUGCCCGGAGUAUCGGGUAUAACGCUUCUUCUGACUUGCCUGACAAAGUCCUGCAGUUUGUUAGAGAUCACCCUCUAAUGGAUGAUGCUGUAAAUCCAAUCGGGAAUCGACCGGUGCUGCUGAAGCGAGGUUCAAACUACACCAGGAUUGUAGUAGACAGAGUCACUGGCCUAGAUGAACAAACAUACGAUGUUAUGUUUCUAGGAACAGACGAUGGAUAUUUGCAUAAAGCUUUCAAUUGUGACGAGGAAAUGUUCAUUGUGGAAGCGCUGCAGCUGUUUGCGUCUCCCGAGCCCGUACGAUCGCUCCAGCUGUCUUCUGCAAAGGGGAUGCUCUACGUGGGGUCCCUGUCUGCAGUGGUGCAGCUCCCGGUCGCGCAGUGCGGCCGCUACGCGUCCUGCAUGGAUUGCGUCUUGGCAAGGGAUCCGUACUGCGCCUGGUCUCAGUCCGCAAACAAAUGUGUUUUACUGGCAAAUCAAACUGGUCAUACCAAGAAUUUAAUUCAAAGUGUGAAAAAUGGAGAUCCCUCCAGCUGCCAUAGUGUAGAAAAUAGCGUCAAAAAAUGUCUCUUUACUCUUGGAAACAAUGUUCAUCUUAAAUGUGUUCCCCUGUCGAAUCUGGCAAGCGUAGUGUGGACGUUUAACGGGAGGAGACUUCAGGCUGAGGACUCUAAAUAUCUCCUCUAUGAUGGAGGAAUAGCAAUAUUGAAUGUGACAAUGGAUGCAGCUGGAAUCUAUGGUUGUCUGUCGGUAGAGAAAUCCAAAGGGAAGGAAUUCCGUAUCACUAUGGCCCGCUAUGCCCUUUAUGCCCAAGAAAAGACACAGGAAGCACAUGUUAUCCCAACAGCGAAUAAGUAUAGCAAAGCAGGAGCUGAAUCUUUUCAGUCUUCAGAACAACCUUCUUUACUGGAUGUGGCAGCAAACCAGAAACCUGUGAACAGCCAAAGCGAGAACCUUCUUUUAAAACUCUUGGGAACUGGGUUUGCUCUUCUUUUCUUUUGCUUGUUGCUUUGGAACUUCUACAAGGGUCAUAUCUCUCUGCCUUGGAAGAGGAGAGAAAUCGGCUCCAAACCCACCGGUACGGCUGGCUUGGUAAGUCCAGCCCUGGCUACAGAGGCGUCAGGCAGUGCGAAGAAUUGUUCAACCCCACAAAUGAACAUCUUGUGUUAAAGAAUCAGCGCUUGUCAGCUUUUCAGAAGGAGUGCAGCGCUGGUGCUGGGCACGGUGCACGUCUCACAGGGUGCUCUGGGCACUGGCAGCUCACGGAGCUGUUUGGUGAAGGUGACGUGAUGUUUCCUGGUAAGGAAUGUGGAAUGUAAAUUUAGACAGGAGUCAGAAGCUCUGAAUGGAAGAUGAUAAGCUGCAUUGUGUAUUACAUAGAUGUAUUAGCAGUUAUUACUUUUUAAAAGCAAAAUUCCUUGUCUGGGUACCUUUUGGACAUGAUAGAACCAUAAGAAUAAAUUUCUUUCAAAAAUUGACACUGAUCCACUUUUUUGUAAUGUUGGGAGUUGCCCAAUUACAGAAGUUAAUACUUCAGAAUCUAAUAAUACUUACCAUUUAGUGCUUUCACCUUCAGACUUUCUGUUUAAUCUACGAAUAGCAACUAAUUAAGUCUCACAGUGCCCCAAGAGGUUGCUACUAUCCUCAUUUUACAUGAGGUUAAAUUACUUGUCACUGACCACAAUGAGUAUUUGUGUCAGAUCUGCUGCUUUGUUCGAAGUUCCUGAGUCAUCUUCCUAUAUUUUAUAUUUCUCUAUUUUUCUCUUCUUUCCCUUUAUUUAAGCUUUCGAAACAUUUUCCACACAUUUAUUUUUCUAAUGAGUUUUAGUGACAUCAACUUAGGUACUGCAUCAUUGUUCUGAACUGGUUUCUGAGGUGUGGUCGAAAGUCACAUUGUAGCUCCUCUUUUUAAAGGCUAUUGAAAGUUGAGCAUUUUUUCUGAGACACUUUUUUUCUUCACGUAAAUGUUCUCUUACGCUUUCUUGUAUGGAAAAUACCAUGGGUUCUUGGUCACGAAAAUCCCUGGGCAGGCUCUGCUGCCUCACUCUGUCUCUUGCCAGAUGUGUGUGAAAUACAAGGUUGAUGCUCUUCUAGACAUGGGCAGCUCAUUUCUUUUUUCCAGUUUUCACAUAGCUACGGAAGGCGAAACCUGCUUGGAAAUGGGUUCUCCUAUGUGGAAGUUUUACCAGCUGUAGCAAGACACCUGCUUUUGGGUUCAACAGGAAUGCUUGGAAAUGAAGACGAUGUGUACAACAGAGAUAACCUGGAGAGGAAGAAAGGCCAGAUAAGCAGCUAUUCCGUGUUCAUUCUCCCUUAAAACAUCAAUUGGUGAAGCUUCUUUCCAUUGGAACAAACUCACAGUCUCUUCUUUCUGCCAGGAUCAAGUGAUUCUUCUGUUACACUUCAUCACAGCAGAUUCUUGUGUAUUAUGUGCAAAUACCAUGGAAGGGAGAUGAGGGCAGUCAUUGAACUUGGAAGAAGCAACUUCACAGAUUACUGUGUCUGUCACACAGCUACUUACCAACACAGUGAUGUUUGCCCUUGCAAUGGGAGGACGUAAAGGUGGGAGAAACAGCAGCAUUUCCAGCGAGGUCAAGCCAUAGGCACGAAGUGUGGACCAGAGAACUAUAGAAAAUGGACGUCUGAAAAUCAGAAGACUGGAGAGCUGCUGGCAAACCAUUACCCCAGGACCUGCUGGGCUGUGUUCCGCUGAUUGUGUCAGUGCAAUGCAGAAAAAGAUCUGCGGUGAGUUAUCUUGUCUCGGUUUGAAAGGGAGCCUUGCAGGGCUUCUUUACCUAUAAUCCUACUCCCUAUAUGCAAAGGGCUAUAUGGAAAUUCAUGAUACAGGCUGGAUAGUGGUACGUGACUAAUAACAAAGGAAGUGAUUGAGAUUUCCAUUCUUUCCUUUGGGGACACUCACUCUCUUCCCUUAGUGAAGGAAGUGCAGAUGGAAUAUAAAACCCCAUUUCAGAAAAUCCUCACAAGGCUAGCAGCAUUUGGGUUUAGUUCAAUUCCUGCUGAUCUAAUUACCCUAAUUUAAAGGUGUAAAAUAAUUAGCUUCUAAGAGAAGUCAUAGAUAAGUUACAGUUAACAGGUCAAUAUAAAAGAUACCAUGCCCUACUUUCAGUAGUGUCUUUGGCGCAGUUUUAGCCCUUUUGUCAUUGGUCACCAUGUCACACGUAGGAAGGACAGCGAAUUUGGGGCAGAAGUGCUGGUGCUCAGCGCUGCGCAGAGCGAGUUGUCCUUGAGGUCCCAGUUCAGCUGCCAGCUCAGAGCAGUUGUCCCGUGUGGCUCCGACCUGCACCGCGCAACGGCCUCGCUGAGCGUACACCAACACGCUGGGAAAACACUGCUGCUAACGUGGCUUUGGCUCUCUCGGUGCCAAAAAUCUGGUGUGCUGACAGCUCCUGCCGUUGUUACAAACAGUGUUACCCGAGCGUGCUCGGAAUACAUCAUGUUUAAGUAACUGGCAGCAAACCGUAACCCCAGACACAGGGAUGAUAGCAGUGGGGACAUGGGGGACAAGGAAUUAGUAAAUCUCACUUCUAAAUACAUGACAAAAAAGAGUGGAGGUAAAAUGCUGAAAGCAGAGUGUGAGAAGUGUUGCUGGUGUUCAUGCUGCUAGUGUUGAACUCUCCUGUUCAUAUUGCUAAAUUCUGAGUGCUACUUCCACCUUUUAUUGUAAAACUACUAGUACGGAGUUUACUGUUUUGGUGCAAGUGCUGAAGUCACAGCUGGGGACAGACUUAGAAGAACAAGGGGUGAUGGUUUUAAACUAAAAGAGGGAGAUUCAGGCUGGACAUGAGGAAGGAAUUGUUGGCCCUGAGGGUGGUGAGAGCCUGGCCCAGGUUGGCCAGAGAGGGGGUAGAUGAACCAUCCCUGGAGACGUCCCAGGCCAGGCUGGACGGGGCUCUGAGCACCCUGAGCUGGUGAAGAUGUCCCUGCUCAUGGCAGGGGUGGCACCGGGGGAUCUGGAAGGUCCCUCCAACCCAAACCGUUCUGUGACUCAGUGACUGCGUUACCUGCUCUGGCCACAGCCACACGCUGGGAGCAGCUCCGCUCCCCAAUCCUUUCCAGCCUCCCUUCUUCCCAGGGUAUUUGCCCACUUCAUAAAAAUGUCUUCAUGGCCUAUGUUAAUUUUCCACUUGUAGAAAUGACUUCAUAAAAGAACAACAAAAAGCGCCCCGUUUCUGAUAGGAGAUGUCUAGACUGAGAUUAAAGAACACGAUU